UUCUGAGGCGAGGACCAGCCCGGGAAGCGGGAUGGCUGUCAGGCUCCUCCUGAUCUUCUUGGCAGCCCUCCGAGCGGGGGAGAGCAGGUACUUCGAGGUGCGAGACGCGGGCGAGGAGGAGCCCUUCCUGCUGCUCAACGCCGAGCUGAAGAGAGAACUCUCGGAGGGGCAGUUUUACCGCCGGGCGCUGCGAUGCAUUGACAUGCUGAGUAUAGAAGGGCAGUUCACCUUCACCACACAGCAGCCCCAGCUGCACUGUGCUACUUUCUUUGUAGGAGACCCAAGUGAGUUCAUCACCAUAGACUUUGAUUUUGUCAACAUCGACUGUCAAGCAGGAGAUUUUCUGAAGGUGUUUGAUGGCUGGAUAUUGAAAGGGGAGAAGUUUCCUAGUUCCUUGGAUCAUCCACUCCCCACUUCUGAAAGAUAUAUAGAUUUUUGUGAAGGCGGCCGCAUCAGGAACACCAUCAGGUCAUCACAGAAUGUGGCAAUGAUCUUUUUUGGGAUUCAUGAUCCAGGAAAUGGAUUCACAUUAACAAUAAAGAAAAAGCCCAACCUUUUCCCUUGCAAUGUCAUCUCUCAGACCCCUGCUGGAAGGUUUACCAUGGUCAUUCCUCAUCAGCACAGAAACUGCAGCUUUUCCAUAAUCUACCCAGUGGUGAUAAAGAUAUCUGAUCUUAUGCUGGGGCACUUGAAUGGCCUCCAUUUAAAGAAGCCUGCUGUAGGCUGUGGAGGAGUAGGAGAUUUUUUGGAGCUCUUGGGAGGAAAUGGGUUAGAUCCCUCUAAGAUGUUCCCUUUGGCUGACCUGUGUCACUCCUUCAGUGGUCCAGCCCAAAUGAAGAUAGGCUGCGACAACGCUGUGCUGCGAAUGGUCUCCAGUGGCAAACAUAUCAAUCGUGUAACAUUUGAGUAUCAUCAGCUAGACCAACAUGAACUGGAAAACAGAAAGGAGAACAGCCUUGAGGAAUUUUGUUUUUCAAGCAUUUGAGAAACCAGACAAGUCAUGCUUGGUUAAAAAAUAGUGUUAAUUUCAAGCGGCUAACUUUAUGGAACCUUUCUAGUGUAUAGACAUUUAUCUUUUCAUACUGAACCAUUAUUUCCAUGAUCAGAAUAGUAUUAACCCUAGCUUUCACAGUAUAUUCUCCCUUAAGUGUAUUUAGUAUGUUCAAUACACACUAAUCCACAUGGAUUCUGAAAGCACAUGUACAUCCACUGAUUCAGAGCAAAGGAUAAGCACACACACCAAUUCAGGGUGCAUGUUUCCAAUGGAAGUAGCAUUUCAAAUACUUGCACCGCUUUUUGUAAUUGUUUUGAGAGCACAGGCAACACUGAGGACACUUUGCAGUUCACUUAGCAAUUUCCCCUCUUUUGCAUCAGUCACAAGUAUAAAAAGACACAAAUAAAUUACACUUCAAUUUCAUAAGGAAACAUUCUGUAUU